AUGGAGCGCAUCCUCGGCACGAUCUUCCCCUGCUGCUUCCCUGCACGUCGGGGUCGUCGCUCUUCCGCGGGGGAGCACAACGAGCGCACGCCUCUCCUUCCGGACUCGGCACAGGCAGGCAGCUCGCGCAACUCGCUCAACGGUAGCGGCAUCGCCACUCCAGGCUCGGACAGACGGGUGAAGCGGCAAUCGGUGCUCCCUGCGCCGGCGUACGAUGCACACGUGCUGCGCGGGAUCGUCGACGAGUUCCGCGGAAGGAUCAUCAGUGUUGAUCCCGCAGCAGGCGCAGGGGCAGGAGUGGGGGAGAAGAGCGGCGUGCUUGUCGGUCCUGAAGAGGUGGGUGAGGCGCAAGCGGGGAGGGCACAGAGUGGGGAAGGGAGACACGUCACACCCGUCCACACGCUCACCCUCGGCGCGACGGCGGAGAGGGGCGGAACGAGGUUGGUAGAUAUCUGGUCCGAUCCCACGCCACCUCCAGCAGCAGCGAGCGGCGCGGGUGUGGGGAUGAGCUAUUCGGCUGCAGCGAAGCGCGCCCCUGCCAUCGCACCGGGUAAAAAGGCCAAGCGCGGAGCGAAAGCGACAGCAACAGCGACAGCGGCAAAAGGGACAGAAGAGGGCGUGGAACAGCGGACGUACGAGGCGUUGGCAGAGAUGGUCCGCGCCAAACCGGUUGUUUUCGAUUGGGCUGAGGAGGGGGAUGCCGAGUAG